UUGGAGCGACACAGGAAGUUAUACUUUUGGGAGGGAGAACAAACUAGAGGCGGGAACAGCCGCUACUGUAAACAGCAAGUCAAAGUGCAUUAUAAAAGUUGUUAGGAGUAGAUUUAACGUUUUGACAAGAUAUCACUGAUAGCUGGAGCAGGCCAGGCAUGAGUGGCGCACACCUGGACGAAUGGCAGAGGAGGUCCUUUGACAUUUCAUCUGGCAGCUGCACACCUGAACAGACGGCCGAUGCCUACCGGGCCCACAUCCUCUCCAUUCAGUAUGCAUGGGCAAGCUCCCAGAUCUCUCAGGCCGGCAUGGCCAGCCUGCUCAGGACCUGCUCGGAGCGCUACGCCGCAGUGCUGGACUCCGAUGACCCCCGCACAGGGCUUAACAACUAUGCAGAGAGCGCACUCCAUCUGGCCCGCAGUCAGAGGAACUACAGCGACAAAUGGGAGUCAUCUCUCACCAAGGAGAGCGUGCUGGAGUUGCCCAGCGUGCAGAAAAUGAUUCAGAUGAGGACGGGAGGUGAAAGCCUUCUGGUGGCACCAGCUGAUGUUAACAUAACUGUGGGACAAGAGGGUAAAGGUAACUCCCUGACUGCUCCCUUUAAAACUGUACAACCACCACCGCUUAAAUCAGAGGUUAAAAAUGCUGCCAGCAAACCUACUAAUGUUUCAGUGGGGAGGCCCAGUGGUCACGAUGGGAUCUCAGCCAAUCCAAACUCAUUUCCCCGACCUCCAGCUCAGUCACAGUCUGUGUUUAGUCGUCCUCAUUCAGCUCUCCCACAUGCAAACCCCGGCCCUGCAGGGGUCACACAGCAUUGUCAGUCCUCCUUCUUUCCCUCUAACACAUCUAAGCGGAAACAUUUUUACAACACAGAUGGAGGUGAUGUUGCCAGGGAGCAAAACAGUAGUCAAGGGUCAUCUGACCCGCGUGCUGGUGGCGCCUUCAAAACAGCUCGCGAGCAGUUCAUCGUUGACCAGCAGCGAAAGCACUCCCAUCAGCAUCAGAGAGCUCAGCCCUCCGGGAUGGCAGCAACUAUGAAGAAAUCUCUGGGUGCCAACAGGCCUCGAGGUGCAUUUUCUAAAUUUGUGUCUCCCAUUCCACGACAGGAAGAGGAGGAAAGUGUAGUGAGCCGUAAUUCAAAUCAGGAACCUCAAAUCCAGGAUGAGCGUCUGAAAAACUUUGAGCCAAAGAUAAUUGAGUUGAUCAUGAGUGAGAUCAUGGACCAUGGGCCCCCUGUGGCCUGGGAUGACAUAGCAGGUCUGGAGUUUGCCAAGACUACCAUAAAGGAGAUUGUGGUUUGGCCCAUGCUGCGACCUGACAUCUUUACUGGACUCCGUGGCCCCCCCAAAGGCAUCCUGCUGUUUGGACCGCCGGGAACUGGAAAAACUCUGAUAGGAAAAUGUAUUGCUUGUCAAUCAGGUGCCACCUUCUUUAGCAUCAGUGCUUCAUCACUCACAUCCAAGUGGGUGGGCGAAGGAGAAAAAAUGGUGCGAGCACUGUUUGCCAUUGCCCGCUGCCACCAGCCUGCUGUCAUUUUCAUUGAUGAAAUAGACUCUCUGCUCUCCCAGCGGACAGACGGGGAGCACGACUCAUCACGCAGGAUCAAAACUGAGUUUCUGGUUCAGCUGGAUGGAGCGGCUACGGCAGCUGAGGACCGCAUCCUGGUGGUGGGCGCCACCAACCGGCCCCAGGAGAUCGACGAGGCCGCCCGGCGACGCCUGGCGAAGCGGUUAUACAUCCCCCUGCCCGAAGCAGCCGCCCGACGGCAGAUAGUGACAAACCUCAUGGCUCAGGAGAAGAACCAGCUGGGAGAGCACGAGCUGGAGAGCGUGGUGACGGCCACAGAGGGCUUCUCCGGAGCUGAUAUGACUCAGCUGUGCCGGGAGGCAGCCCUGGGGCCCAUACGCAGCAUUCAGCUCAGUGACAUCGCCACCAUCACCGCAGAUCAGGUGCGACCAAUCCUCUACAGUGACUUCCAUGAAGCCCUGAAGACCGUACGUCCCAGUGUCUCAUCAAAGGACUUGGAGCUGUAUGAAGAGUGGAAUAAGACAUUUGGAUGUGGGCGUUAAACUGUUCUCUGCCUCUGUUCAGGUUCUGGGUGUUGAAAGAAAUGGAAAAUGGAAAUAUCUUAAGUACUUGCUUUGUUCCACACAAACCGCGCAGAGUGGGAGGACCCAAGUAAAAACAGAGAAGCACACAGUCUCAUCAAAAAGCUUAAAAUAUAAGCCGGUUCUCUUAAUGCACUCAUUUGUAGGAUUGUUUUACCUAUCUGAGAUGUCAGCUCAGUUUUGCUGUGGCUAAAUGUUCAAAGAUGGUGUGAUGAAGACCCGAGAAUCAAUAAACAGUUAUUUUUGUUUCCCUACGAAAAACGGGGCCAUAAGUGACAGUGAAAACAAAAUAAGAGAAAAGAAAAGAACAUCUGUAUUGGCUAUCAGUUAAAUUAUUUUAAGCAUCUGUAUCAGCUUAGCAUCUGACUGUCAGUGCAUCUCUAGAGGUUUGUGUUGGAUUGUGUUGUAUUGAGCGGGUGCCUCUUUUAUGAGUGUAAGUCCAGUGUGUUAUUCUCUGUACGAGCAACCUGUUGUUUAUCACUACUUGUUAAGUUCAAGCCUUUUAGGGAGGAAUGCGUUACUUCAAUUUCUAAAACACGCAUUUUAGAAAUUGAGGUAACGCAUUCCUGCACAGUGUUCCCAGCAGGUUGCACUCAUCUCUUCAGUGAUAUUUAGGCAUUUGUGCCGGUCAGGCUGAUUUUGUUCUGAUACUUACGCUCCUGUUGCUUUGUGAUUAGGUGGUAGGCAGCAUGUUUUGAUUUCCAUAUAAAUCCCAUCUAAUUCUUCACGCCCCCUUUGAAAUACAUCAAGGAUAAACAUUCAUGAUGGAGUAAUUUCUCCCUGUUUUGUACACCCAGUGUCAAGACUUAAUCCUUGUUAUUUGUUUGGUUCCUUUUAGUUAACUGCAUGGCCAAAAUUGUACUUGUUCCAAAUAAAUUUCUUUGUCACUCA